AUGGCUGAGGUCGUUCAGGCGCGUACGACGCUGACAUCGCCGUCUUCUCGAAAACGAUCAGCGUCUCCGGACGAAGCAGCGCCCGCCACCGACCCAACAAGCACCGCUCUCACAACGGCGAAUAGUGAAACUUCUCUCACCACGAACGAGGAACCUCCGGCGAAAAAGACAAAACUAAUCCGCCGCAAGCGCCGCCCUGCGCGGCCCCAGGUUGAUCCUUCGACGAUAAAAUCCACGCCUCCUCCGCAAACCGGGACGGUGUUUAACAUCUGGUACAACAAAUGGUCUGGUGGUGAUCGGGAGGACGCGUAUUUGUCCAAUCACGCCGCUCCUUCACGUUGCAAUAUCCGCAACGACUCUGGAUGGACGGCAGCAGACAGGACGCCGGGGAGUUAUUUCUGCCUGUUCUUCGCGAGGGGACUGUGUCCGAAAGGUCACGAAUGUCAAUAUCUGCACCGACUGCCCACGAUAUACGACGUAUUUAAUCCAAACGUGGACUGCUUCGGACGGGACAAACAUAGCGACUACCGGGAUGACAUGGGCGGGGUGGGAAGUUUCAUGAGGCAGAACCGCAUCCUCUACGUCGGGAGGAUCCACGUGUCGGACGAUAUCGAGGAAGUAGUAGCACGGCAUUUUCAAGAGUGGGGAGAGAUUGAACGUAUUCGAGUCCUCACAGGCCGAGGCGUCGCUUUCGUCACAUACGUCAACGAGGCGAACAGCCAAUUCGCAAAGGAGGCAAUGGCCCACCAGGCACUGGAUCACAAUGAGAUAUUGAAUGUGCGGUGGGCCACUGUGGAUCCGAACCCGCUCAGCCAGAAGAGAGAAGCCGCCAGGAUUGAAGAACAAGCCGCGGAGGCUGUCCGUCGGGCGCUGGGCAAGAGAGUUGUUAGGGAGAUCGAAGGACGCGAGACAAGGGAGGAGAGGGACCAGAGGAAGAUCGAGAGCAGUUACGGGUUGGAAGGGUAUGAGGCGCCCGAGGAGAUUUGGUAUACCCAGCAGCAACAGAGAGAGUUGGAGGGUCAGAGGUUGGGCGAGAGAGGAUUGCUCGAGGCACCUCCAACUCCGGCUCCGGGCUCCAGUGCCGAACAGGGCCCGACGACGACGGAAGGGACGACGGAAGGCAAUAACGGCAUCUUGUCAGGCUCCACGCUGGCGGCCUUGAGGGGAUAUACUUCAAGUGUGCAUAUAGGGUCAGGGCCGGUCUCAAAGCAUGCAGCAGCAGCACCUGCCAGGCCACUUGUCGCAUAUGGCAGCGACGACGAGGAGGAUUAA